AUGGAUGAAUCAGCUCUAGAGUCCCACUACAACUCUUGGACAGCUAUCGGGCAAACCUCCAACCAACUCAUCCUGUAUCACCCACCUUCUCACGCGCUUCAAGUCCAGCCUCAUCCUUCUUCCUCCUCCUCUAGAAUCGAAUCCAGCUCCAAUGCCGGAUCAUCCAGCAGGCGACCACUUAGACUCCUUGGUAAUCUAAGUGACGGCGAGGUACCGAUAGAAAGUAUCACGACAGUUCCUCACUGUCCAUACUGUUCACAGCCCCUGCCAGCAAUCACCACUACCAACCCUCCCCCUCACCCUCACCUCAGUCAUGAGGCAGAUGAUCCUAGAGGUAGACUGGGUAAACAGAAAUACUUUCGUAUCCUCGAACAAGCUCACGAAGGCUCGAGACCCCCUUCACCUACACCGUCUACGCCGUCUACACCGAGGAAACGGUAUAGAACCCCGUUAAUGGAACAGGACGAGGACGAUGAAUUGGACGAAGCUGAUUUCCCAGCUAGAGGGUACUAUGAUAGAUUCUUCAGAGAGGAAUGUAAGCUUGGUAUGGGUGCCGAAGGGAGUGUGUUUCUGGCUACUCAUGUUAUCGGUGGGAACGUAUUAGGAACGUAUGCUGUCAAGAAGAUAGCAGUGGGAAGAUCGAAGUCGUACUUGUUCAAGAUGUUAAGAGAAGUCAGAUUGUUAGAAGCUCUUAGACAUCCAAAUAUCAUACCGUAUCAUCAUUCAUGGAUAGAUGUGACUAGGUUCUCCAAUUUCGGUCCACCUAUCGUUGCCCUCCACGUCCUAAUGCAGUACGCAACAGCAGGUAACCUCGAUACCUACCUCCUCACUCGAUCACAUACCAACCAACCUCGACCUGACUUGUCUGCAGGGGAUAUAGCAGAUUCAGAAUCGCUGGGACAACUACCCAAAGCAGAACGGAUCAAAGCUUUCAAAAGGCGUAGACAGAGUGCGGCGGAAGGUACUGCAGGAAAAGGGAAAAGAAGGAUGGAAGAGAUGAGAGGUGUGUUGUUAUUGGGCAUGGAGGAAAUCAUGAAGCUUUUUGGGGAUGUGGUGGAAGGUUUGGCUUUUCUUCACGCAAAUUCGAUCCUCCAUCUCGAUUUGAAAUGCUCGAAUGUCCUUCUUCAUUGGGAAGAAGGGAAACUCAUCCCCAAAGCUCUCAUAUCCGAUUUCGGUACCUCUGAAGAAAUGUUACGGGGCAAGCGGGAAAGAACAGGUCAUACAGGGACUAUGGAAUACAUGGCACCUGAGACUCUCAUACAGGAUACUCAAGGCAAUUGGAGACCGUCAGACUCCCAUGCUGAUAUGUGGUCAUUGGGCAUGAUCUUACACAAAAUGCUAUUCCUACAUCUGCCAUAUCCCGACACGGAGGAUUAUGAGGCCUUGCAUAAGGAGAUACUUGCUUAUCCUGGGUUCGUACCAACUACCGAGAUCAUCCAAUCUCUCGAACGGCGACACAUCCCGAGAGAUCUUCUGGUCCUGCUGAGCAAGCUCGAAAGUCUUAUACCUGAAGACAGACCAGGUGCGGAGAAAGUCAGAGCGGGAUUAAAGAACCUUGAAAACAAGAUUCGUUCAACUCCUUCCACGUUAUCCUCCAAAGCUGGUGAAUUGGUUAGAAGAUUCGCUUCGCCCUGGACAUUCAGUAGUCCACCAGAUGAUCAAGUUGAACGAGACCCUCCGCAAUCGUAUUCACCUGUCAAGACUAUCUUGGCAUUACCUAGUCCCGAGCAAGAGAGGGUAGUAGAACCUUUCGUAACGGGAUUUAAUAGUCCGUCUCCCAUCACGCCCAAUGCGGUUAAGGUAAAACGAGUAGAAGAAUUAUCGCGAUCAGUCAAGGAUAGGUUGAAUAGAAGAACAGGAGUAAAGGCGAUAAGGGGGUUUGUUUUCAUCAUCAAGGUGAUAUCAGUUCAACCCAGUAUCGUCAAUCGACCUAUCCCCUUACCUUAUAUAGUGCUCUUAUUGGUUUUGGCGAUAUUCGAACUGGUCGGUGAAACUCCCAUCGGUUGGUCUGUAUUGUUUGGAGCAGUGCAUGUUGGUGUACUUGCACAUCAGACCGUUAUUAAUUGA